AUGGUGGAUGUUAGGAGGAUGAAUGAUAGGCUAAUGACUAUUAAGCUAGUAGUUGGUGGGGUCACUUUUAACGUAACUAGUGUUUAUGCGCCACAGGUGGUCUUGGGCGAGGAGGUCAAAAGGCGCUUCUUGGAUGAUUUGGAUAAGGUUGUGCAUGGUAUUCCACGCUCCGAGAAGCUCGUUAUAGGGGGUGAUUUUAAUGGCCAUAUUGCGGUUACUGUUAGGGGUUAUGAUGAGGUGCAUGGCGCGUUCGGUUUCGGAGUUAUGAAUGAGGGCAGUACCUCAUUGUUGGAUUUUGCUAAAGCUUUUGACUUGGUAUUAGCUAAUUCGUGUUUCCAGAAGUGGGAGGAGCAUUUGGUCACUUUCUGGAGUAAGGUAGCCAGGACUCAGAUUGAUUAG